AAGAAACAAGAGUUCAUCACAAGCAAGAAAGAACCCUAGCCUGGCUUCCCAAUACGAUAGCGCAAAAAAUACGAUAGUGCCCCUCGCAUUUUAGCCAUCUCACCUCCUCACCUCCCCGACGGCGACCCCCUCGACAUCGCUCUCCUCCCCCGCCUCGGCGCCGUCGUCAUCGCCGCAGCAGCCGCCUGCUCGUCCCCGACCGGCUAUCCCGAUUCAAUUGGAGUGGUUCUACAUUCAGUGCUUCUUGAAGUUGAUGAUGAUGAAGAGAAUGAUUACAAUCUAGAUGCGAAGUUGGCUGCUGGCUUGGUAAUCCUGAAGAUGCUCAAAGAGUCAUCAUCUCCAGCAUUGGAUGCUGACAAAAUUGAAGUUCCUUUGCCAAAGGAAGAAAAUAAUUCGCAAAAUUCUGAAGCUGCUACACAUACUGAAGGCAUCGAAAUUAGCGAUGAUGACGAUGACCGUAAUCACAAGCACCGAAGACGGGAGGCUAGACCACAAUUUGACGAUAAUACAGAGGAGCAACAUCCAGAGUCUCCUCUCAAGAAAAGGAGCAGGGUUUCUGGUAAUGGACAGCUUUUUGGGGGAACUGGUUCUCAAGGCGAAGCACAGAAGGAUUUUGUGCCAAAAUUCAAGAGGCGUCCUGGAGCAGGAGCUCACAGUCGAGCACCCAGAGUGAACCAAUCCUACCGGGCUGAUUCAUCUGGUUCUGCUGCCGCUCGCCCUCCUAUGGCACGAGGAAGAGGACGGAAUGGUGCACCCUGGACUCAGCAUGAUCCAAGAUUUAACACACUUGAUAUGAUUGAUUUUGCAUCCCAGAUGACCUCACAAGGACCACCCGCACACCCUAGCUUAUUUAUGGGCACUGCAUUGUCAAGUGGUCCAUAUGGAUUUAUGCCUGGAAUGCCUCAUGGGAUUUUGGAUCCAAUCCACCCACUUGGAAUGCAAGGACCUAUUCAGCCUGGAGUAUCUCCUUUAAUUGAUCUUGGCAUGCCUCGUCAACGCUGUCGAGAUUUUGAGGAGCGUGGAUUUUGCUUGAGAGGGGAUAUCUGCCCAAUGGAGCAUGGUGUAAAUAGAAUUGUUGUUGACGAUAUGCAGAGUCUAUCGCAAUUCAAUCUUCCAGUAUCAGUUCCAAAUGCUCAAGGGCUGGGAAUCCAAAAUGAGGGAGUUGCUUCUGUUAACUUAUCAAGCCUAGGAGGCAGUAAAGGUGUUCCUGCAAAAGAUGUCAAAUCUGGUGUAGCAAGUGAUGCAUUAAAGCUAAAUGGAAGCACCGCUUCAGCUGUUUCUGAUGCUGAUGUAUAUGAUCCCGAUCAGCCUCUGUGGAACAACGAACACCCUGAAGCAUCAUCAUGUGCUGGUUUUGUACAUACUGAUGCUGGAGUGUGGAAUGCUGAAUCCUCAGGCUAUGAAAUGGGGUGGGAGCAGUCCAACCUGGUUUUUGCAACUGAUAGUUCACAGAGUUCGAAGUCAUCAGUUUGGGGGCGAAUAGCAUCAAAGAGAAAAUCAGGGGGUGGUAACACAGCUAAAACUACGUCAACAAGUACCACCAUAAACCAAAGAAGUGAUUAUGAUGAGAUGGCUCCCAGCACGACCCAAGUAAAGUCUGCUGCUGCUAAUGACACUAAUGGUCAAUCCAAUUCGAGAAUUUUUGGAGAUGUGGGCAGGCAAAGUAAUCGAGCUUCUCACAAAGCAUCCCGUACACUUUAUGUACAUGGAAUUCCCCAAGAAAGCAACAAAUGGGAGUCCCUUCUCUCGCAUUUUAAGAAGUUUGGCCAAGUAAUAGAUAUCUAUAUUCCAUCUAACAGUGAAAAAGCUUUUGUCCAGUUCUCAAAAAGAGAAGAAGCUGAAGCUGUCCUAAAAGCUCCAGAUGCUGUUAUGGGCAACCGCUUUAUAAAGCUAUGGUGGGCCAACAGAGAUAGGAUUCCUGAUGAGGGAGAGGAUAGAAUCUCUGCAAAGUCUUCCCAGUUCUCUACUACGCUGGCCAAUUCUGCCGCUCCUCAGCGAUCUUAUUCCAACAGAGUCAAGGAAAAUGUUCAAUCUACAGCCCCAAGGGCCAGUUCUGGAUCUUCUGCUGAACUGUUGAGUUCUAGUAUAGGUCCUCAAAUUUUGCCAGCAAAUAGUACAAAAUCAAUACCCCCAGCUCCAAAAAGGCAAGAAAGUCUAGAACUAUUGGAAGAACUUCGCAAAAAGCAGGAGAUCUUAGCUCAGAAGCGUGAUGAGUUCCGCCGCCAGUUAGAGGAACUUGCAAAACAAAAAGGUUCAGCAAAUUCAGUUAAGCAUGCAGAGGCUUGUGGAAAAGAAGUUGCUUCUAAGGAUGCAUUGAAAGUAACGGAUGCAAGGUCCAUGAACUAUAGGGCUGAAGGGUCACAGGAAGUUGCUGGUACAUUGGAAAAGAAAAGCUGUGGAGAGUUUGCUUCAUGCUGCCAAAAAUCAGCUGUGAUAUCCACACAGAAAUCAGCUGUAGCUAUGAAGCAGACUAGUCUUCUGUCAGCACCUCCACAGAACAGGUUUAAGCUUGACAAUCGAACCACAUCAUUCAGAAUUCUUCCACCUUUGCCACCUGAUAUUGCAAAUGCUUUUAUAAGUGCAGUUCAAUGUUCACAGUCAAAAUUGAAGAUAAGCAUAUACAUGAAAUUUUGUGGAUAGAUGCACAACUACUUUGUGAACUCAGCUGAGUUUUCGGCAUCCUUACCAUUGCGAAAUUAAUUUAAGAAAAGCAACUUAUACUGUUUAGUCCUUGCAUUUCUAUGUCAUGCAUUGCCUUUUUUUUUCUGAUUGAUGUCUGCAAGAUCAUGCGUUCUUUUAAAUGAUCUUAUCAUCUGGCGCUGUAAUAUUUAUGUGAGCUGCCCUGGUCUUUUUUAUUUCAUGUUACGAACAAGUAGAACUAGUACUCCUGGAUCACUAAUGGCUCCACUACUGCUACAUUGGAAUAGUUUUAUUUUGGCAGUUCAAAUUGUCACCCUUCAACUGCAUCACCAUUUGUACUUUAUAUCUCUCGCUGUUAAAACCUCACACUUGGCAUGGUUAGAAAGUAUGUAAUAUGUGUGUUCAUGUAUCUACUGCGAUAUGUAGUAGAUAGAAUUCCCUAAUGGUGAUCAUUUCUUUCUUAUUCUUAGGUUAUAGGAUUCAAAUGCUUUUGUGCACAACUGUCAAUGGCUGUUUCUAUGUAUAAUGGCAAACGCUUCAAUAGGAAAAAGUGUAUUUUUAAUGCCUCAUUUUUUCCCUCUAUUUAAUUUUAGUCCAUCUCCAAAACUAGAUACAAAUACAACCCGUCUCCCAACUCUCAAAACCGGUGCAAACUAUGUCCAAGGCUGAUUUUUUCUGGUUUUGAGUCACUCCUUUUUGCCACGUGGCAACCACAUCAUGCUCAGGAGGAAUAUGGAAUUGUGAGAUCAAAGGUGAAUGUGGGGAUGAUGUGGCUCCCAUGUGGCAAAAUAUGAUUGAUGUGGCUGCCACGCCACUCAAAACCACCCACAAAACUAGCCUUGGAUGUAAUUUGCACCGAUUUUGAGUGUUGGGGAACGGGUUUUGUACAGUUUUUAAAGAUGAGAGACCAAAUUAAACCGAGAGAAGAGUUGAGGAACCAAAAGUAGACUUUUUAACAAUACUAGUGAACUAAUGUAUUACCUAUAUGGUGAACUGAGAAGUUACAGUCUUGUGUCUUACAUUUAGUGGCAAGAGGAACUGAUAACCCUCAGUCUUACAUCUGUGCAACUGAUGACAACAAGAAUUUUUUUGCGUAAGUGAACCUUUCUUUUAGCGAGAAGCUCUUCAUAGGAUGGGACCUUAAUGGUCAUGUAGGUACAUCUAAUGCAGGGUUUGAGGGGGUGCACAGGGGCUUUGGGUUUGGUGGUAGGAACUGAGGAUGUGGGGAACUUUGCUAUGGCCUACGACAUGAUAAUAGCUAACACCUUCUUUAGAAAGAGACAAUCCCAUUUAGUGACCGUUAGUAGUGGCCACUACUUUAGCCAAAUUGAUUUUGUCCUUGCAAGAAGAGAGGGUAGACAUGCUUGCUUAGAUUGUAAGGUGAUGCCUAGAGUGUGUUGUCUCUCAACAUAAGCUUGUGGUGGCUGACUUUCGCUUCCGCAUAUGUGUUUGACGAGACAAAGGCGCCAAAAUCGCAAGAACGAAGUGGUGGAAGUUCAAAGGAGAGGCGGCACAAAAUUUUAAGGAGAGGGUUAUUAACGAGGACCCUUGGAAGGAAGGAGAGAAUGCAAACAACAUGUGGAUGACCCUAGGCAACUUGCAUUAGGAAGGUAGCUUCAGAGGUGUUUGGGGUGACCAAAGGAAGCAAGUAUGAAGCUAAAGACACUUGGUGGUAGAACGAGGAUGUUCAAAAGGCUAUCAAGGAAGGAGAAGAAAGAAUAUUUCAGAUGCUUACACCAUGACAGGAGUGCGGACAACAUAGAGAAGUACAGUGGCAAAGAAGACUGCAAAGCGAGUUAUGAGCGAAGCAAGGGGUCGGGCUUAUGAGGACCUUUAUCAGUGGUUGGGCACAAAGGGAGGAGAAAAGGACAUCUAUAAGAUGGCCAAGAUUCGUGAAAGAAAGAUGAGGGACGUCAACCAAGUCAAAUGCAUCAAGGAUGGGACCGGUCGACUUCUGGUAAGAGAUGAUGAGAUCAAGACUAGAUGGCGAGGGUACAUCGAUGAACUGUUCAACGGGGAGAAUAAGAGCUCUACUAUUGAGCUGGACAAAUAAAUGAUGAAAGGAGGCAAGGCGAUAGGCCUUGAUAGUAUCCUCAUUGAGGUGUGGAGAUGUCUUGGAGACGCAGCGAUAACAUAGCUAACUAAGCUCUUCAACCUAAUAUUUUGGUCAAACAAGAUGCCUGAAGAAUAGAGAAGUAUAUUAGUACCAAUCUUUAAGAAUAAGGGAGAUAUUCAAAGUUGUAUUAAUUACCGUGGAAUUAAGCUGACGAGUCUGGGAGAGUUAUGGAACAUCACAUAAGAAGAAUGACGGGCAUUACUAAAACCCAAUUUGAUUUCAUACCUGGGAGGUCGACCAUGGAAGCGAUUUUCUUGAUAAGGCAACUUAUGGAGAUAUAUAGGGAACAAAAGAAGGACUUGAACAUGGUAUUCAUUCACUUGGAGAAGGUUUACAACAAAAUACCGAGAAAUGUCAUGUGGUGGGUCUUGGAGAAACACAAAGUCCUAACAAAGUACAUUACCCUCAUCAAGGAUGUGUGCAAUAAUGUUGUGACAAGUGUUCGGACAAGUGAAUGUGUCACUGAUGACUUUCCAUUUAAAAUCUUAAAAUAGGACUACAUCAAGGAUCAACUUUGAGCCUUAUUUAUUUGAGGACAUUCAAGGAGAUAUCCCUUAGUGUAUGCUCUUUGCUGACGAUGUGGUGCUAGUUGACGAGAGUAGGAUAGUGGUUAAUAGAAAAUUGGAGUUGUGGAGAUAUACUUUAAAAUCGAAAGGUUUUAGAUUUAGUAGGGCUGAAGGACCAAAAUCGAGUACAUGAAGUGCGAUUUCGGUGCUACUAGGCAUGAGAGAGAAGAUGUUAGUCUUAGUGAAGAGGUGGUUCACAAGAAGGAUACCUUUCGAUAUUUGUGAUCGAUAUGCUAAAGAAGGAUGGUGAUAUUGGUGAAGAUGUUAGUCAUAGAAUCAAAGCCGGAUGGAUGAAAUUGCGCCAAGUUUCUGACAUCCUCUUUGAUAAGAAGCUGUCACAAAAGCUAAAAGGUAGGUUUUAUAGAACGGCAAUUCGACCUGUGAUGUUGUAUGGCGCUGAAUGUUGGCCAACUAAAAGGCGACAUAUCCAACAGUUAAGUGUAGUAGAGAUGCAUAUGUUGCAAUAGAUUUGUGGCCAUACAAGAAAGGAUCGGAUCCGAAAUAAUGAUAUACGUGAUAGGAUAGGUGUAGCGUCAAUCGAAGAAACGUUUGUCCAACAUCAGUUGAGAUAGUUUGGAUAUAUCAAACGGAAGCCUCUAGAGUCACCUGUGCAUAACGGGAUAUUGAGCCAACGCUGAUAAUGUGAAGAGAGACGGGUCGGUUAAACCUGACAUAGGAGGAGUAUGUAAAGAUAGACCUGAAGGAAUGGAAUAUCCCAAAGAACUAUCCAAGAAUAGAAGCGCGUGGAAGUUAGCAAUCCAUAUGUCAGAAUAAUAACUUAUGUAUGAGUCUUCUUAUACCAUUAUUACUUUUAUCUUGUUACUAUUACUAUUACCUUUUUUAUUGUUAUUGUUUUCACAUCAUCUUUUUAAUUGGAUCUUGUGGUUUCAUCUCUAGUCUAUCCCAACUUGCUUGGGACAAAGAUUGUUCUUGUUGUUGUAAGUGAACUUGUCUUUUCAUGUGGAAACUAAAAUUCUUCUUGAGUUACACUCGAAGGUUACUUCCUUAUCUUCUCAUGCUGCAUUUUGUGUUGAUGUGCUUGAUUACAUGUUUCGUUUUAUUUCUGAUGUCCUUUACUACU